UUACAGCUUUUAGGGGCACUCGACCGAAGGUGUUCGCUAUUUUUGUAUUGUAUUAAGCUUUACGUUUAAGGCGAUGCGGUGUAAAUAUUUUUAUAUGACACUUUUUAUAUCGUGCUGGAGUGACUAAUACCGCGUUAUUACUGUAUGUGCACACUAUUAUGGUGUUUUGAAGUGCGUCUAUUGCGUGGAUUUAUUUGUGAAAGACAGAUCUUAAUCUUUUUUGAUGAGACUUAAAAGUGCAUGGAUUUACUAUGUAUAUUUGACAUUGAUCGAAAUACAUAUAAAUGACGAUUAAAACGCUAUGUAAAUAAAGAUGUUAACACCUAAGGCGCAUUCCUACACAAGUCGGCUGAAAUAUGAUUAAUAAUUAAUCUUCCGCGUCCGUUAAUAUUUAGAUCAAUAUAUAAAAAAUGCGUACCAGUGUGAAGUACCUGGGACACUGUCACGUGUUCAAAUCUAAUGUACCUGCUACAUACCUUUAAUAAUAUAUACUUUUAAGUCUCCACGGUAAAUUAAAGACAUACCGACCAUUGAUUUUUUGAUACCGGCCUUUUAAAAUGUUUAAAUUGGAUUUUACCUUAAACACGCUUAACAAUAACUGACAGUGUCCUGACACGGGAAUGUAGUUAUAUGUAUUUAAUGUAUAUAAAUUAGUCGGCGAUGUUUUAUAAAUUGACUUCUGUUUGUAUUUGAUAUUUCACAUAUUUGUGAGGUGACAUUUUACAUGCUCGUGUUAAAUAGCAGCGGUGGUACGCAGGUCGGGAGACGUGUAUCUGUGUAACACUUUUACACUGGUGAGGAAUUAACUCACGUUUUAAUUAAAGGGCAAUCUUUGGAAUAUUGUUGGCUUAAGUGCGCCGAUAUUUGCUUGAAACUAAUCCUCACCAACACUUCGGAUAAUAACUGUCACAUGGGUUCUAGGAUUGAAAGUGGGGAAAAAGUUGUCGUACUGUGAAUAAAAUCAAAGUAACUUACGGAGGAUUUUGUUUCUGAUUUCGUGUACACAAUGGAUGAACUGGAGUCGACUACGAAGUAGCGGAAACGAGCACGUUUUCAAAGGUUCCCAACUCGUUACAAGCAUACUAGAACGGCAUCCAAAACAUUUCAGAAGCCGGGCAACAGCUUUGAAAUUUUGUCGGCAACUCUUUAAUGACGGUAUAUUAAAAGGUGUUUUUGGUGCAGAUACUUUCGAAGACUCUGUUCAGUUGUACACUUGGAAAGAUCAGAAUGGUACCAGCAUGACGUCAUAUCCUGUAAAUCAAUCAAAAAAGAACUACGGUUAUUCAAGUGCCGAUAUUACUCUUACUAAACGAGAUUUGUAUAAGCAAAAGGAAACUAUAAAGCCAGUUGGAGGUUCAAGAGAUAAAAUUCAAACUCACAAUCCUUACGCCCAUGAUGUAAAUGAUUACUUUAAAGACAUUCAGAAUGGAAUUUGCGCAGACGACAACCAUCCUGUGACAAAACACUUGCAGCACCCGCACAUGUCUAGUUACCAGACGACAUGGAACCUUCAGAGAGCUAGCACAGCUUCUAGUGAAAGUUCCAUCGACAUUUUAUCUCACUCGUACGGAAAACAUAAAGACAAAACACUUAAAUCAUCCUUUAGUAUACCCAUCAUGUCGCAUUCACGUGAUCAUGACGUCAUACCGGAAGAAUCUCCGGAAGAACAUGUGCCCGUAAUGGAACGGACUGGAACUAGCACGGAAUAUGACGGUUCGUCUAGUAUUCCUCGCAGUGUAACCACAGACGCUUCAGGUUUUAAUGAAAUGGAAGGAGCUGCACAUCACAGACGCUGGCAACAAGAUUAUCAAAAUUCUUACUCGGACAACGAGAAACAGUUAAUAGAACAAAUGAAAAGAAUGAAAAAGGAACAUUCACAUAUUCUUAGGACUUACGAAGAUAGAAUUAAUAAACUUAUGGCUAAAAUGCACGAGUUACGGAGUAUAGCAGAAAUGCUAGAAAAUUCAAGUACGAAAUCAUCACCGUACGGAAUGAUGGCCAACAAGACUGGUGUCCUAAGUUUUUUGAAUGCUAAAGCUGAUGCAGAUAGAAAAUUAUCGUCUGCAAUUACCGGAAAUGACGUAGAUAACCCGCCACCACUUCCUCCGAGACCUGGCAGGGGAAACAGACUGAACCCAAAUAAACCUAUCAUACAAACGGAUGCAAAAAUGAAGCCUUUCCCAUGGACAAGAAUUAUUCUAAGAGAUGACAGCACUGAUGAGCAGACGACAAUAUGGCAUACAAUGAUGGAACCGAAACUCGACCCUGAGGAAAUUGAAAGAUUGUUCAGUACUCAAGUGGUCUCACAGACGGACGGUGCUACACUCUACGACGAUCUCAUUAUCCGACGGGGACGAUCGCGUCAACAGUUGGUAAGCGUUUACGAUACAGAGAGGUCUAAACGUAUAGUUGUAUGCAUGAAGUGCCUCCGUGCAACCCUCAAUGACGUCGUAGCCUCGGUAUCUAGCCUCGACACGUCACAGAUUAACCACGAGGGCCUGGCCGAACUUAUGGAACUGCUGUCACCGACAUCAGACAUUGAUAAGAUAUUGUACCACGUCAGGAAGAAAGGGGCUGGUCAUCUCGAUCAUCCAGAAUAUCUUGUGUUCGAGUUAUCCAAGGUUGAUCAUUUCAAAGAUAGACUAGAGUUUAUUCGAUUUCGCUUUAAACUACUCUGGCAUCUAUUUGAAAUUGAUCAACAACUAAGGGAACUCCACACUGCAUGUGAUGAAAUUUCUAACAGCACUUCUUUGAAGAAUCUGUUAGAAACUCUUCUAGCUGUGGGGAACUACCUUAACGGUGCUACAGAAAUGGGACAGGCAGAUGGGUUUGGUAUAGAAGUACUUAACAAAAUGAAGGAAAUUCAGGACAGGGAUUGUAAAGGGACGUUACUAGAGUUUGUAUUGAAGACAUACUGUCAAAUAUAUGAGAGUGAGGUAGAUAUAGGGUGUCCUACAAGAUUUCGACUUCCAGAACCUUCAAAUAUGAGGCAUGCCUCUCAGGUAUCAUUUGAAGGUAUUCAGGACGCUCUCACAAAUCUACACUCAGAUCUCAGACAUAUACGAGAAAAGUUGUUAGACCCGAGACUGAACAAAGAUGUAAUGAGACCAAUGGACAGUUUUCGUGUCAGUGCAGAAAAUUUCUUUGCUUCAGCAUUGGAGGUGAUAGGAGAGCAGGAGAAAGUUUUACAGGAUACACGAGACGUGUUUGACAAGACCACAACAUUCUUCUUUGUUGAUAAUAAACAUAUCACUCCCCAACAGUUUUUCCAAAUUUGGGCUGUUUUUCUACAUGACUGCAAAUAUUUCUGGAAACUGGCUCAUCGCCGAUUGGCAAAGGAAAGAUUUGAGCUGGAAUUCAAGUACAAAGGACAAGUUUCUGCAAAUUCAUUACAAGGUUAUGGCAGUUUCCGAGCAGGUGUUUUAAAAGGUGUAGACUCCCUAAACAACGCCGACCCUAAAACAUCGACAGCUCAAAGACGAGGUAACAGGUUAAAUGAAAAUCAAGACCCAUCGAAACCAAAUGUACCACCUAAACCUAGUCGGUCAAUCAAUACAGACACUGCUGAUCAAAGCGACAGGUCAUCAUCACCCAAACCACUAACAUCAAGUCCACCAUCUUCUGUGGAUGUUUACAAACCAAUGCCGAAAGCACCUGUACAGAACAAUCACGUGGUUUCUAACGGACCGUCCAAUUAUGCUCCUAACUACGAAAACCAGUCUGAAUUAGACCGUCUCCAACAGCAACAGCAUUAUCAUCAUCACCACCACCACCAUCAUCAUCAACAGCAACAACACUAUUAUCAACAGCCUACACAAGACGCUUAUACAAAUAAUACGUCAGUUCCGGUUAGCGAGACAUCACCCGGAAGUACAUAUUACCGUAGCCCAAAUUCUAGUAACACUAAAGAUAAAAAAUCAUCUCAACAGUUUUCAUUAAAAACUUGGUUAAAACGAGAAAGAGAACAGGUUCGUAAGGAAGUAGAAAGUGACACUGUGGAUGUUACUUCUAUUCCAGAAUCAAAACCAAACAGCUCCACUAAGUCAUUUUCAAGGUUCAAAAAUUCCAUGAUUCAGAAGUUUUCCGGCAGUUCAUCAAACAAAAAGCAGGACAACUCCUCUAAAAAGUCGAAAGAAAACAAAGGGGUAUCAGUUACUUCCCCUGUUGCAAAUAAACAUGCUGCUCACCACAAUGCUGUUCCGUAUGACAUUAUUAGAAAUAAUUACAGUGCAACUGACCAGAAUAAAUAUAACCCUAGCAGAGAAACUGGGGCUCUAAAUCUUGACAGUCUUGAGGAAUACAACAAGCCCCUUCCAGAUACUGUUAUAUCCCCUAUAGAUGACCCUGAGUGUGAGGAACCUGUUAUAACGAAACAACACGACUAUGGUCACCAAAACAUGCGUCCACAACAUACCAUCAAUGGAGAACAUGUUGUUCACAACGGCGAUGUUAAUAAUAAUGACAAGUAUGGUGAUAACAAAUUCCAACACACUUCCGGGUGGACUCAGUCAAAAAGUUCUGAAAACCCUUACGGUCGACUUCAUAAAGACAAUUAUGUGGAAAGUCACAAAAGAGAAAGUGCAUUUGCAAGAGGUCCGGGAGACCAUGGUGUUGAGUCAAAAAGAGUUGUUGCUCAAACUGUUCCACUAUAUAAAGCAAGAAUUAUCAAUAAUUACGAGAACCAAGGUAAAUUUGAGAACCCACAUGCAGUCAGGCAGCAAGCUGAAGCUGUAAAACCUAUGUCAGUAAAUAAUCUACACGAGAAUAAUAAUGGUACAGUUACGUUUGAAAACAGAACUGAAGAUCAAAAAAGUCCAUACGCCGGAUAUGACGUCGAACAUACUAGGAAUAAAAGUUUAGAUAACACACAUGUAGAUGGUGCACAUGCAAAUAAACAUUUUAGUCACACACAAUCCAAUAAAGAUAAUAGCCCAUAUGGUCACCAUGGAAAACUUAACAAAGGCACUGAUGUUGUAAGGUCUCCGCAAGAUACACCAAGAAAGAGAACAGUUCUUGAAAACAGGAAUUACUUCACACCAGGAAAUCGAGCUCCGAUGAAUGUACAGUCUAUUGGCUCGCUUAUAGACAAGUUUGAUAAAUACAAUAACAAUACAACAGAUGGACAAACAACCCACCAGACAGCUAAUCAAAAUGCAUCAUCGUCAUCUAAUCCUGCUGCCAUGACAUCAACACCACGAAAGGUUUCACCAAACGGAGAAAGCAGUGACAUGUCACCACCAUUACCACCGCGGAUGAGUCUUUCACCUUCUAAGUCAAGAACGCAGAAUACUGAACAAGCUGACUAUAGAAACUCGAGUAGUCACCUGUCUGCAGACAGACAGGCCUACACUUCUCCUCAAUCAAGACUCGACAAUCUGACCUCUACCAAUUUAUCUCCACCAAGUGUGUACUCAACACCACAAGGCGAGCCGGUGCACAGUGCUUCAAACUGGUCACAACAUAAUAACACCAAUCAUUUCUAUACACCUACAUCAUCAAACGCAAGUCGAUCUCGAAGUUUUUAUACUUCCCCACAAACUCGUGCCAAUCUUGAUCGCGAGCCACGUGAUAUAGACAAUUCACGCGGAAACUUAACAAAUGGUAAUCAUUUUACAAACGGAUAUCACAAUAGUCACGUGGCCACCGCUGACCAAUCAGAGGACAGGGACGAUGGAUAUAGAGCAAUGUUACGUAAAGCAGCCACCCAGUCAUCCUAUGAUAGACAAUCUAAGAACACUCCGCAGUAUACCGGGCGGCCGAGCUUUGGUUCGCCCUACUCAGAGACGAACACUACACCGUACAGUUCAAGUUCAGUCGUAAAAUCACCAGUUCUCAAUAACGAUGAAGUGGCCUACAUGGCAUUCUGAUUGAUAUAUUGUAAAAUGAUUCUUAAGACACUUGUCUCUUUCCUUUAUUAUCGUUCUAGAAUGAUGAUACGAUAAACAAAAGUUGAACCCAACAAUGUUCAUGUAAAAUGAUUUGUAAGUUGUAAAAGAUAUUUUAAACAUUUUGUGUACUCGCAAAAACUAAAAUAUGUUGUUACUAGUAUUGAGUUGUUUUUAACAAAAUACAUCUUCAGAUUGUAAGAAUCUAUGCAAUAUUCGAGUACAUAGGACAUUAUAUUUUGAUACAUGAUAUUAUCAUAGUUGUUGUGCUAAGUUGUGUACGUCUAUUAGGUCUACUUAAAUAUUAAGACUUUACCUGAACAACUUUAUAUUUACUAUUAAAACUUUGUUUACAUGUUUGAACCAUAUUUACAUUGGAACUACUUUAAGCUUUUUUUUAAAAACUUUGUUUCCAAUGAAAAUACGUUUACAUUGUAUUUUCUUUAUUUUAACUUUUGAAACUGGAAAUUAUUUUUGUUCACUUAUUACUAUGUUAAUAUUAAAGUCAUGUUAACAUUGGAACUUCUUGGUGUUCACGUAAAUGUGUUGACAUAGUAAAAACUGUUAUAUAUUACUUUUGUGACCUUUUUAUACUGAGAAGGAAUAUAGAAAAGCUAUAUAGAUUUUAACUAUGACAUUGGAACUAUGUUUAUACUAGAGAAAAAAGAUAUUUUUAAUGCUUUUAUGUUGUGUUGUUUUUUUAUUUCAUUAUGUUGAAACUUGCUUGAUGAUUAUUUUUAUGAAGAAAAUGAGAGAAUAAAAAGAAACGAACUAUAAAACAA